UUUCUUCACCUCAUAGACUUUCACAAUGCCUUACGCUCCAGGUGACGCUGGUAAGGGUGCUGCUAUCUUCAAGAGAAGUUGUGCUUUGUGCCACACCGCCGGUGCUGGCGAGCCCAACAAGGUUGGCCCUAACUUGCAUGGUCUUUUCGGUCGCAAGACUGGCUCUGUAGCUGGUUUCUCGUACACGGCGGCCAACGUGAAGAAGGGUGUUAUUUGGGGAGAGGACACUCUUUUCGAAUACCUUGAGAACCCCAAAAAGUACAUCCCAGGAACCACUAUGGCUUUCGUUGGUCUCAAGAAGGAGAAGGACAGGAAUGACCUCGUUACAUACUUGAAGCAAGCGACGGCCUAAUUUUAUAUCCACCACGGACAUCCUAUUCAUACAGACUACAGAUAUAGUACGGCUUUGCAUCAGGUCUUAGUAUACUAGACGGCCACCCUUGCUCGCAUCUCCUUGCAUCCUUUACCCCCGCUCAUACAACGAUAUACUUUUUUCUUUUGUCGGUAGUCGGCGAUAUGUCAAGUUGCCUCCAUGCACCACAGGAUAAGUGGAGUGAUCAGCCUAUUGGCAAUGACAUGCAAAAAUAU